AUGGCCAAGGCACGAGCGGCAGCAGCUGAUGGUGGUCGAGCAGCUGCAACAGCGGUUGUAGAAGCAUUGCAGGAUACGGCCGAGGCACGAGCGGCAGUAGUUGAUGCUGGUCGAGCAGCUGCAACGGCGGUUGUAGAAGCAUUGCAGGAAAAGCUCGAGGGGUUUUCCGAGGCGUUUCUGGAAAGGCUGAAGGGUGUUGUUGGGCAGGCGGUAGAGCAAGCGUCAAAAGGGGGGAAGCUCGAGGCCUCGAUCGCACCCGUCUCCACAGAAUUCCUGGCCGAAGCCGACUCACCGGACAUCCCUAUCGCCGCUGCACAAAAAGUCAUGGAAAGGUUUGUCGCGACUCCCGAGGACAAGGGGGGUGAGGCGGGUGAGGUGGGCGCUGGUGUGGCAGGUGUUGACUUGUCUGGGCCGGUGAGAAGAGACUGGAGAGAGACGUUUGCGGCGAAGGAGUUGCAGAAAGAGAAGGAGAAGGAGAGGCUGGAGAAAAUGGCGGCCAAAACGCGGAAGCAGACCGCAUUUCACAGGGCAAGGAUGGUGGGAAAUGCUAUGGUGGAAGCACAGCGUUUGGGGAACCAGCGCGAAUCGGGUAAGAAGCGGCAGAGGGGUGAGGAUGAGGGUAGAAGGCUAGAGGAGAGGCGGGUGCAACGCGAAAGGGAGGAGAAGCAGCGGAAGGAGGAGGGACAGCGAAAGAGGGAGGAGGAAAAGGCAGAGCGCAAAAAGGAGGAGAAGCGGCAGAUGGAGGAGGAAAAGAGGAAGAGGGACGAGGAGCAAGCGGUCGAGCGCGAAAAAGAAGAGAAGCGCCAGAGGCAAGAGGAAGAGCAAAAGAGGGAGGAGGAAAGAUUGCACCGCGAAAAUCAAGAGAGGAAGCAGAAGGAAGAGGAUGAGCGGAAGCGGGAGGAAAGGCAGGUCGAGCGCGAACGCGGGGAGAAGCAAAAGAGGGAGGAGCAAAGGCAGUGA